AUGCAUAGGUGGUUCACCCUCCUGACAGAAGGGCAUCCGCAUGUGAAAAAACAUAAGAUUUUGAAGAAGUGGGCGUCUUGGGCAGCAAAAGGAAGUAGGGAGGCACUGGAGGAUGGUUUUCAUAGGCGAAAACUGGCACCUGGAGAGUGGGUUAGGAUUUGCCGAGGGAUGUACGGAGAAGAUUAUGGGCUUAUUUGGGUCAGCAGCCAAACCAUGUCGUAUGGUGGGAUUGGACAUCUUGUUCUCCUAGUACUGCAGCUUAAGGAACUCACGAAGGACAUGCAAUUCAUUGACAAGCAAAUUCCUGCCUCUUCCAAGCAUAAACAAAGGGAACAUCCUUCCCCCCAUCUCUUCAACCCUCACAAAUGUGAUCCUUCUACCUUGCGAGUGAAAGGGUUUGGUGAUGGGGUUGUACAUGCUUGGUGUUUCGAAGCAGGGGAUAUGGUGGAGCUCAGCAAGGAAGAUGGGGUUUUCAUUGUUGACAGUGUUAACGAUGCAGGCUGUAUUGUUGAUUGUGACGACAUUGUUGUGCCUGUUUUGCGCAAUACUAUAAAAGACUUCAAUUUUUGCUUUUAA